GUUUGUGGGAUAGCUGCAGCACUUCCUCUCCAUUCGACUAUUCUUCGCCGUGAUAUACAGGUGUCCACUUCCGAGUGCAGAGCUGUUCACGUACGCUCAGACAACUAUCGUUUGCGUGCUUGCAUACCACUACUACAUGUCUUGUCCUAUUCAGCUCUGCACUUCACGUAUUCGGAUUACGGAGCCAAUACUAAAAAGCAAAAAUACGAGAGGAUCUAUGAAAAGAAGAUGGCCACUACUCCUGAAGCGCUUUGCAAGGGCUACGCCCCCGAAUUUGAUAAAUACCUCCAGUAUGCGCGCGACCUGCAUUUUGAGAACCCCCCCGACUACCUAUUUCUUCGAGGCUUGUUUCGAAAACUCUUCAAAUCCCACGGAUUCGCCUGGGACUAUGUCUUUGACUGGACUCUGCUGAAACAAAAGGCGAACCCAUCCAGUGUCCCUGCAGCUCUACCAAGCGUGAAUGCCCUUGCCGCUGCAAACGCUCUUGUAGCCGCCAGAGCCGCUGCUGCUGCCAAUGCUCGCCUCACUGGGGACAAUGGGGACGCCGUCCAGGGGGUUGGGAACGCAGCAGAUAGCGGCGCUUGCGACGCCACUGCGGUCGGCGCCACACUGGGCGACUCAACGCAUGCUGCGGGCACGGCUCCAGGCCACCAUGGCAAUCAGCAAUCCAUCCUUCAAGGACAUGGAGGUGGGCAAAACACAACAAAGCCGUUUGCCUCCGCGCGAGUUCUUCACACCGACAAUAUACCCGGACGUGAGGGUGAUGAACUUCCAACCGGUCCUAAUCGGGCCGGGCUGCCCGAAUGUCCGACUGCCACACCGUCUUUCGAUCUCCAUUCAACUUCCUGCUUCGACUAA